CCAUCAUUCCAUGAGUAGCUGUUUCCAGAGAGAAGGCCUUGAUGAACCCACCGUUAUUACCUGCUCCGCAGCAAACAGCAGACACCCAGCAGCUCACUGGUGAACAUUUAGCUUCUCAAGAGACGUUGGUCGAAACAGUAUGUGUCUUUAACUUAGAGGAACCAGGCCAGUCGACCUGCAGUUUGCAUGCAGGUGGAGCGGGGCAAGUCCUCGUACCACCUCUUGCAUCAACAGACACACGGCUGACAUCUUGCCUGGAUGAACGCUGGUGCCGAGGCGAGCGUGCUCUGUGGCGCAAGAGAAACUAACCUACCUGUUGAGUAGAAGCACAUGCAUUGAACAAACUCGGUGUCUCUGUUUUCCCAGAGCCCAUAAGCUUUCACAGUGAGGCGGAACCUGCAGCCCCGAAAGAGUUAAACGCUUUUCCCAUGUACGGAGCUGGAGGUUAGUUAGGCUGUUGCGGUGCAGAGCUUGUGGACGCGGCGGCGGCGCACAGCAGCGCAUCAAAACCGGCCAACUUCACAGCAAAGCUGCCACUACUGCACGUCAAAGCAGCCAUGUCGGAGCGAAGGAGGACCUCUGGAUUUGACAGCGCUCAGUCUUACUACUACUGAGCGUGUGUGAGGGUUGUUUUCCUGAUUGUGUGGAUAUCGCCUCCAUGGACGGGCAACGGAGCUUUUACGAGAUGGAGAACCCGAUAGAGAACCCCAGCAAGGCGGCGGAGUAUCUAAAGGAGCUGAAUAAGAUAAUCGAGACCCAGCAGGGGCUGCUGGAGAAGCAGAGGGACCGGAUUGAUGAGCUGGAGCUCCAGGUGACGGAUCUUUGCAAGGAAAACGCCUGUCUGAAAGAUCAGCACCAGCGGCACCUGGCCACCUGCAGACUCCAGCAGGGCAACCACUCCUCCCUCGGAGCCAUCAAGGAGAACGUAAUGCAGGAAAAGCGACACGCCUCAUUGCCCAUAGAAGUCUCAGAGAUUCCUCUAAACCUUAUUGCCCCUCCAUGUAGAAGAAGUUACCCCUGUCGCAAAUGGAAGUCUGCAUCUUUUGGUGUGGAAGGUGAUGCUCCAGGCAGCGAGGUGGGUGCCUCUGUGGACCCCGUCAGCGGCUAUAGUUGCAUCCCAGUGACCCACAGCGGUGGGCUCGGCCCCGACCACCUGGACAGCCAGCUCUACGGACACAUCUUCCUGCCGGGCCACCCGCGGCCUCGCCGACCCAAGCUCCAGCACUCCCAGUCCAUCCUCCGCAAGCAGGCAGAGGAGGAGGCCAUCAAGCGAUCCCGCUCGCUGUCAGAGAGCUAUGAGCUCUCAUCAGACCUACAGGACAAGCAGGUGGAGAUGCUAGAGCGCAAAUAUGGUGGGCGUUUCAUAACUCGGCAUGCAGCCCGCACCAUCCAGACAGCCUUCCGCCAGUACCAGAUGAACAAGAACUUUGAGCGUCUUAGAAGUUCCAUGUCUGAAAACCGUAUGUCCAGACGGAUCGUCCUGUCCAAUAUGAGAAUGCAGUUUUCUUUUGAAGGACCUGAAAAAGUCCACAGCUCCUACUUCGAGGGAAAGCAGGUCUCGCUAACAGAUGAUGGCACCAAAAUGGGCGCACUGGUGCAGUCAGAGCAUGGUGGGGAGAUGGGCAUGCAGGCCAAGACCCCCACGACACAGAGCGACUUCACAGACGCUAUCACAGAACUAGAAGAUGCCUUCUCCAGGCAGGUCAAAUCUCUAGCUGAAUCCAUAGAUGAUGCUCUAAACUGUCGCAGUCUGCACGGUGAUGACAGCCAGUCGGAGCCAGGGAGAGGGCAUCAGGAUAUGGACAGGGAGGUCAGCUGCCAGGUAAAACCCUCCCACAGUGCUUCAGAACACCGCAAACUGGACGAGAUGACGGCAUCUUACAGCGAUGUCACUCUUUACAUUGAUGAAGAGGAACUGUCCCCACCACUGCCCCUGUCUCAAUCCGUAGACCGGCCCUCCAGCACAGAAUCAGACUUGCGUCAGCGUUCCCUCACCUCCUCCCAGGACUACUGGUCACUGGCUCAUAAAGAUGAGAAAGGGGAUACAGACACCAGCUGCCGCAGUACACCAUCCCUGGAGUGUCAAGAGCAGCGCUUGCGGGUAGACCACCUACCUUUACUGACCAUUGAGCCUCCAAGCGAUAGCUCGGUGGAACUGAGUGAUCGUUCUGACCGCAGCUCUUUAAAGAGACAGAAUGCUUACGACCGAAGCCUCAGCAACAAGCAGAGCAGCCCCAAACACAUCAGCCACAGCCUGCCACCCAGAGGGCCUUCCAGAGACGAGGACACCACCCGCCAUCGGCCACGCCAACUGGAGGCCCACUUGGCCAUCAAUGGCACCGCAAACCGGCAGAGCAAGUCAGAGUCCGAUUUCUCUGAUGGGGACAAUGACAGCAUCAACAGCACAUCCAACUCCAAUGACACCAUCAACUGCAGCUCUGAGUCCUCCUCCAGGGACAGCCUGAGGGAGCAGACGCUCAGCAAGCAGACGUACCACAAAGAGACUCGCAACAGCUGGGACUCACCUGCAUUCAGCAAUGACAUCAUCCGCAAGAGGCACUACCGCAUUGGGCUAAACCUCUUCAACAAGAAACCAGAAAAAGGCAUCCAGUAUCUGAUAGAGAGAAACUUUGUUCCAGACACUCCAGUGGGUGUGGCACACUUCCUGCUCCAGAGGAAAGGCUUAAGUAGGCAGAUGAUUGGAGAGUUCCUGGGUAACAGACAGAAACAGUUCAACCGAGAUGUCCUCGACUGUGUGGUGGAUGAAAUGGACUUCUCAGGUAUGGAGCUGGACGAAGCACUCAGGAAAUUCCAGGCACACAUCAGAGUGCAGGGAGAAGCACAGAAGGUUGAGCGGCUGAUAGAGGCCUACAGCCAACGCUACUGCAUCUGCAACCCUGGUGUGGUGCGACAGUUCAGGAACCCCGACACCAUCUUCAUUCUGGCCUUUGCCAUCAUCCUCCUCAACACUGACAUGUACAGCCCCAAUGUCAAGCCUGAGAGGAAGAUGAAGCUGGAGGACUUUGUUAAGAACCUUCGAGGAGUGGAUGAUGGCGAGGACAUCCCCCGAGAGAUGCUGGUAGGGAUAUAUGAGCGUAUUCGCAAGCGAGAGCUCAAGACUAAUGAAGACCAUGUGUCCCAGGUUCAGAAAGUGGAAAAACUCAUUGUUGGAAAAAAGCCAAUUGGCUCAUUACACCAUGGUCUGGGCUGUGUACUAUCCCUACCCCACCGAAGACUGGUCUGUUACUGCAGACUUUUUGAAGUGCCCGACCCCAACAAACCACAAAAGUUGGGCCUGCACCAAAGGGAGAUCUUCCUCUUUAAUGACCUGCUAGUGGUUACUAAAAUUUUCCAAAAGAAGAAGAACUCUGUGACGUACAGCUUUCGGCAGUCCUUCUCCCUUUAUGGCAUGCAAGUGCUGCUCUUUGAGAAUCAGCAUUAUCCCAAUGGAGUACGUCUGACCUCGGCCAUUCCUGGAGCUGACAUCAAAGUCCUCAUCAACUUCAAUGCCCCUAAUCCUCAGGACCGCAAAAAGUUUACUGACGAUUUGCGAGAAUCUAUUGCUGAAGUCCAAGAGAUGGAGAAGUACCGGAUAGAAUCUGAGCUAGAAAAACAGAAGGGGGUGGUGAGGCCCAGCAUGUGCCAGAGUUCCGGAUUAAAGAAGGAAACAGGCAACGGCAACCUGAGCCGAGCAAGCCUCGACGACAGCUACGCCGUUGGUGAAGGUUUGAAGAGGAGCGCCCUCAGCAGCUCCCUACGUGACCUCUCAGAUGCAGGCAAGCGUGGGAGACGCAGCAGUGCAGGAUCACUAGACAGCAAUAUGGAAGGGUCCAUCAUUAGCAGUCCUCACAUGCGUCGGAGAACCCCCUCCAGCCGAGACUGCCCGUCCCGCCACAGUGGCCAGUCCCUGCCCAACUCCUCUUCACUGCUUGGAUCUUUGUUUGGCACCAGGCGGGUGAAGUCCCCCAGCCCCACCCCGCAGGCCCUGCACCCCACCCUCAUCUGCCACACCCCUCACCCCGCCAACCUGCACCACACAGCCCGGGUGGAGACAGAAACACCGGUCCCCAUGCACCCACACCACGCCCAGUUCUGCCACAUGACCCAGAACCCUCCGCCUUACCACCACCACCACCACUACCACCCGCCAGCUCACUUGCAGCACCCUCCACACCAGUACCACCCGGCCCCUUCUCACGGCCAGCAGCCGCCCUACCCGCCUCACACACAGCACGGCCACGGGAGCCACGCAGCACACUCCUCCCACCCCAUUCACGGCCCCCACCACCAUGGCCCGCCACCAGCACCCUCCCAGACCCCUAGCAGCACCAAGCCCAAGCACAGCGGCAUCAGUACAGUGGUCUGAGGCGCACAGGGGCUUCCUGGGCUCCCUGACUGAACUGACGAGACGGUCGCACUGUGCAUCAUUGGUCUGGGGAUGUGAAGCCAGACAAGAUCCCGUGCCUCCUUCGGCAUUUUUUGUUACACUCAUCUCUGGGGCAUUUUAUUCAAUAUAAACAUUUUUCCCCUCCCGGUUGCUCCUUUCAUUUCAUUUCAGGUCACAAGUCAUGUCUGCCUGCUUCAAGAGCAACAGACAAGAACGCAAGUGCAUGCACAAAGACCACGACAACUGUUUCUCCUCAGUAAAUUAAAGGAACAUGAUCAAAUAUCUUGCUUACUAGUAUUUUACAGAAGAUCUAAAUAGUAAUCUUGACUUUAAUGUCUACAAAGUGAUUUUAUCUAGUGUGAGGCUGGUUUGGCUGGACAGACAGACAGACAGACAGACAGUCAUCCUCAGCAGUAGCUGUACGAGUAUUUAAUGUAGCGGUAGCUCACAGUGCACUGUGAUAUCUCUGUUAGCAGUGAUAAAUGUGCCAAUUAUUAAAGCAUUUACUAAUUUAGUCCCAAAUGCUUUAUGUAUAUUGUGCAUAGUAUUUUGUAAAAUAAUAAUAUCAACUGUUAUUAUAAUAAUAAUUAUUAUUAUUACAGAACAAAUCUCAUCAAUUAAAACUCAGUAUUAUACUCGCACAUAGGUGACGUAGUUUCACUGUUAAGAAACCAAUCAAAGCUUUUAACGGUUAGGCAAUUCAGUAAGCUGGAACACUGCUGCAUAUGGUUGCCUUUGAGUUAGAACUCUGUAAGAUUGUUGGACCGGUGCAGACUUGCACACUGGCCUGCAGACAGUCUCAUCCACUGCACUUGUCUUUGGUUCAGACUUGUCUCUCCUGCUCUGGAAAAAGAAGAAAGCCACAGCAAGCUGCUCAGCGAACACAUUCACCUGAAAGCCCACCCUUCAGCACUGACUGCUUCUUCACCAUCUCUUUAUUUUUUCAACUAUUUUUUUAGAGUCCGAUAAACAGUAUGAAAUUCUCUAUAUGUUGCACUGCAACUUGGUAGGAUUUUUCAAGUUUGUUCUGCAGGAGGACGCUUUUGGUGUAUUUCAUAGAAACCGGAGGAGUCUGUGCAAACUGUGUAGCAGGGAAACGGCAACAUGACUCUCCUGACGUGGAAGCUCUCAGCUGGCUGAGUGUGCCCUGUCCCUCUUUGUUUUCACUGUGCAUCUCUUGAGCAGCGAGCGUGAUGUGCAGUGCUGUUUACUCUCUCCAUCAGACUGUUCAUCUGACACCACAGUUCAAAAAUCAAUAAUUAUCAUUCUGUGAUGGUGAUGGCACUCUUACACUUCACUCACAACAAAUGGCAGUUUUAUAUCAAUCAUCUUUCUGACAUAUUAUGGGAUGGUUGUACCUCCCAGGCAUCCUGUGCACAGUGUCUGUGGGGUGUGCAGAGCGGAGAGACGGGGCUGGUGUGCCGGAGCUUAUUUUCUGUUGAAAGUGACAGACACAGCACUUGUUCUACUUAGUUGAUAUCAAUGGCAGAAGGUAGUCUGUAUCUGCUUAAAGACUAUGAGGUGGAUUUUUUAACUUGUAUGUGCAAUAUGUAUUUACUCAUUUUUUGUCUAAGAGCAAUUGAUGGUUGUUCCAUUUCGUUUAGUUCUGUUAGUUUUGUCUUUUUAUCCCCAACGUCCUUUGUCAUUUCUUCAUCUGUGUUUCAGUGAAGUGCAAGUAUCCACAUGGAUUUGAAGGGACUGGACCUUCCCCACUGCAAAAGAAUGUCAAAGAAAAUAAUUGCAUGUAACAAUGGAUUUCGAGGCUAUUUUGUAGCUAUUGUGUAUCCCCACACUAUAUCAGUGUUACAGCUGACAGUUGUUAAAAAUGAAUGGUAGAAUAGUUUUGACUUCUUCAGUUACAGCUAUCAGAAGUCACUUAUGUAUUUGUGUCUCUAAAAUCUGGAUCUUUUCCUGAUCCACAUACAGUAGUGUUCAACAGUAGUCACAGCUGGGUGUAAUCCCAGCUCUGAGAGGAAAGGUAGAGCAGGUGUGAUGAAAGAUGUUCUCGACUGUCAUCUGGAAAACAGAGUGAUAAUGGACAGACAGCUAUUAAGUAUAAUCAUUUGAACUCUUCAUAUUUAUGAUCUGUCUCUGUGAAUCACACAUUACUGUUUUCAAGUGAAAUCCAGUAGACCCGGAUUCUUAAAUACUUCUUUCCUCACGUUUGCAAGGUACUACUUUCUAAUAGGGGUUAUAUUUUUAACUAAUGUAUUUGAUUCAUAAAGUUAAUUAACUUCAUUAAUGGUUAAGAAGCAAUUUACUAGUGAUUUAUGCAUCAGUAAUAAGCCAUUCAUAAGAACAACUUCCCAAAAAAUCCCCUAGGCUGGUUUUUAUCCUCCAGCAAAUGUCACAUGAGCCGACCAGCUGAUUGGUGGCGGUGACUAAUAGCAUAGCAGUGAGCAGGCAAAGGCAGUGAAGAAGAAGACUGCAAAGUAGCUAACAUCGAUGUAAACAUUGUACAGUGUAAAAUCAGCCCCAAAAAUAUUUCAAGAGGAAGUAAAUCAGCACUCAACAUACUUUGAUCUCAACACAAUGCAUUUUGCUGAGAAACAGCUAGCUAAAGACAAAGCAGGUGUCCAGCCCAAAUUUUGUUCUUAUAAACUACGGAUGUAUAAAGCAUCAGUAAAGUAUGCAUUAGCCAAUAAUGAAGCCAUUAAUUACAACCUAUAAAGCCUCUAUAAAGGGUGCCUUAUUAGACAGUGGUACCGUUUUCAAAAGGUGUUUCUCAUGAUGCAACAUGUAUAAUGCAGGUUUUAUGUAAUGUGGGCUGCUGUAAAAUCUAAUCUGUCAAAUGUACAGCACAAAAUCCAGUGUAGUUUAAGUUCUACGAAAAAGGUGCCAAUAUUGAAUUUAAAAUUAGCAUAUAUACCAAAUAAAUUGGGGACCAAAUUGUAUCGACCCACCACAACCCCACAGUUGACCAAUCAUAACUUCUGUCUUCAGAUCAAAGUCUGAUUAGUAACUAGUUGUUGUGGAAUAACGGUGCAGAAGAAACCUGGCUUUAUUAAAGACUGGUGCUUCUCCCAAUGAUGUGUUCAGUUGCAACCCCCCAGUUCUUUCAGACGACUGAUCUAUUGUGAAACCUGUCCAGAUUCUGUGUGAGGUGCUUUGUUGCAUGCCAUUGAUGCCUACCGUUUAAUUUUUCUUUCCUUUUUCUAAAGUGGUGUUCUACUGAGCAGCAGGCUUGACUAGUCCCUGAACUUUCAGUGUAGCUUUGAUUUCUCCGACUGAUGCUUGUUUACAUUUAGAUGAUUUCUGGCCUAUUAGUGUGUCUUUUCAUUUAAAGUUGUGUCAUUCUACUCCGGCAUGCAUUUCACCUCUAUUUCGACUGUACAGUAUGAAGACAUGGGUGUAAAUAGCAAAUCUAUCUGGGGAAGUCUAAUGUAACUUGAUGAUGGUUUGAAAGGGAGGAAACAUUUUGAAGCUGGGUGGGUAGUAAAGAAUGAGAAAACAUAUGUAAAUAAUCUGUAAAUUAUUAUUAUUGUUAUUACUACUACUCAAUGUCUGCAGUUACAUUGAAUUUCCUGCUCCCCUCUGAUAUUUACAUAAUCAUCAACUGCUUCUCUCUGCCACCGACAGGACUGAAUUAUCAUAGAACCUAGAGAUGAACGGCCAACUGUUACACAGUUAACUCCGCUUCUGACUUAUUUCCUGAGACGCUCAUGUUCUCUCACCCACUUUUGAAGUCACAGGGAAGGGAGGAGUGCCCUUAUUUUAUUAUGCAUUCUGUUUCUAAGUAGACAAAACCCUAUUGAUGUAAAACUAGUACUGUGACGAUGUUGAGAACGCAAAAUAAAGCGAUAUACUGUAAAACCUGA